UCCUUCACAUCUCAUCGCACUCUCUCAUCUGCCAUUGAAAUUACAGAGAAUCAUCAAAGCAGAGAUAAGAAGCAAAUUAAGACUUGAACUCAAGCAUAGAUAACCAAUAUGGCUACGAGAAAGUGGAGCUUUUUUGUGGCCUGCUUCCUCUUGCUUGUCGCUAUGGAAGCCGCCGUUGCCCAACCUCAAGGGAACGGUAAUAACAAGAGGAAGUUUCCGUUUGAUGCUGCCUCAACAAAUUACAGGAUGCUGUCUCCUCUGCCGUCCGGACGUGAACGAGUUUUCUGCUUAGCAAGGGGAUCGUGUCACUUCAAGACCCUUUCGUGUCCGGCCGAGUGUAAAGAAAGGAAGCCCAGGAGGAACAGGAAGGAAAAGGGAUGCUUCUUGGACUGCAGCAGCAAGUGCGAAGCCACUUGCAAGUUUAGAAAAGCCAACUGUGAUGGGUAUGGUGCGCUCUGUUACGAUCCUCGCUUUGUUGGUGGCGACGGUGUCAUGUUCUACUUCCAUGGAGCCAAAGGAGGAAACUUCGCAGUGGUCUCCGAUGACAACCUUCAAAUCAAUGCUCACUUCAUUGGAACUCGACCCCAAGGAAGGACUCGCGACUUCACAUGGGUCCAGGCCCUGGCCGUCAUGUUUGACACCCACACUCUUGUAAUCGCGGCGAACAGAGUAUCGCACUGGGAUGACAGAGUGGAUUCUCUCCUGGUACACUGGGACGGAGAAGCAAUCACGAUUCCCACCGAUGGAGUGGCUGAAUGGAGGGCUAAUGAGGAAGACAGAGAAGUCGUUGUGGAAAGAACCGAUGAGGCGAACAGUGUGAGAGUGACAGUUUCGGGAUUGUUGCAAAUGGACAUUGUGGUGAGACCAAUCGGGGAGGAAGAAAACAGGGUCCACAAGUAUGAGUUGCCAGGGGGUGAUGCUUUUGCACACCUGGAGACACAGUUCAAGUUUAAGAACCUCACAGAUAUGGUGGAAGGGGUGUUGGGGAAGACGUACAGGCCAAACUAUGAGAGCCCGGUGAAGAGAGGGGUUCCUAUGCCAGUAAUGGGUGGGGAAGAUAGGUACCGAACUCCUUCUCUGUUUUCACCUUCGUGCAGGUACUGCAGAUUCCAUGGCCAGUCUGGAAUCGGGGUCGAUGAAAGAGCUGUUGACUAUUGAUAGCGUCGAUGUUGGGAAAUAAGAUGAAUUUUUUGCCAUGGCUUUUUUUGUCAUGGCAAGUUCUAGCUAAUAUAAAUAAGGGCCUGCAUACCGAAGCCCAUGAUCAUCAGUCAUUCUGAUGCUGACGUUGUCGUGACUUCAUUUAUAUCACAUGUGAUUUAAUGUAAUGAUGUAUUUAGGCAAAAAACUGUGAUGAUAUAAAAAGCAUGUACAAAUUUCUCA